GCCAAUCCAUCUCUUCGCCACAAAGCCAAUCUCUCCAAUUAGAAUCCUCGCCAUAAAAUAUAUCCGUUUCGUUGCCGAAAAGCCAAUCCGUCUCGUUGUCACAAAUCCAUUCCGUUUCGUUGCCGAACAUCCAGUCCGUAUCGUUACCAAGUAGCCAAUCUGUUUCGUUGGUAAACAGCAAAUCAAUGUCGUCAUCAAAGAUCAAACCAGUAUCAUUGGAUAGUUGUGGCUGUGUGCAAAAUCUGAUUACUUCUCUCCUAUUCCAUUCCCCGCUUCCUCUUCUCCCGAAUUCGAGUUCGUCGUCGAGAAAAACAGCGUAAUAUCCAUCAGCCUCGGGAUAGUCAGGAACACUCAUCCCGUCUGUGCAUAGAAAAAUUAAAAACAUACGACCAGAAAAUUAAAAUUGUGAGGAAUUGUCUAGACCUAAUAUAUGAAUCAUUUGGCUGUUCACUGCACGUCCCCUCGUAGGCCAUCAAUAUAGCGUACCUUUUCCUUGAUCAAAGAAUACAAAGGUAUAGCAGUUGUCAUAUUCCAAGCAAUAAGAGUCCUGAGAACCAGAAAAGAAAGAAAAGGGAUCAGAGAAUGGUUGGGAUGAGACACGAUCAAGCGAUACGCUCAAUAAUACUGUGAUGAGUGCAGUUAAUGGAUCUACUGGUUGAAAGAAACAAACUUACGAUGUAUUUUGUCCCUGGAAAUUGGAAAUUUCUUCUAUCAGUCCAUCUGGCCUGAUUUUGAUUUUUAAACUUCCACUUAUUCUCCCAUGGGUUGAGAUCUGUUUUUACAUUGAUUUCCAUCUUGUACCCUUCGUCACAGUCAUCCACGACGCUUGUUCGCACGGCCCCGUAAGCUGCCAAUUGUGCAUAGAUAGGAUUGAGUGUGUCUCUCAAGGUCGGUGCCUCGGAUGGUGCCUCAGAUGGUGCCUCAGAUGGUGCCGCAGAUGGUGUCGCAGAUGGUGCCGCAGAUGGUGCGGUGGAUGGAGCCGCGGAUGGAUCCUCCGAUGGUGUCGCAGAUUGUGGCACGGACGGUGCAUCCGAUGGUAGCGUUGAUGGGGCCGCUGAUGGGGCCGCUGAUGGGGACCCUGAUGGAGCUAGUGACGGUUCCGAGGAAGGAAGUCUUUCGGGGAUGAUAUCAACAAUUGCAUCGCUCAGCUGGGCUUCGGUAAACCUAACUGUCAGCGAUUUUCCGGAAUUGUCAUAAUUCUGGAUCACAUAGGACUCCCCAACACCCAGUGCUGCUUUUUUCCAUGUAAGUUCUACUGCAUCGACAUCACCAUUCUUUUCUAUAAUGAUAACUUUGUCGCCAUCUUCCUGGGUACCGGUGUUCAUUCCAGAGGCCCAAUUGUAUCCAAGGUAAUAAUCACCUGGUAGAUUCGGCUGCUCCAGUCUUAUCGUAACAAAUUUGGAAGGGUCGAAGGCAUCGUACCCCGCCACACCACUUAUCACAAAUGUACCACCAAAGUCAUCGCCUAUAGUGGGAGUGACGGUAUGUUCCGAAUACCAUCCUAGUUGAUAGUUGUUCGCCGCAUUGUAACACAUAGCUGGGUCAUCGGCGUCCGCGUACCCCAUGUAACCACUUUUGUCUCCAUAUUCUGCGUCAAUCGAGCCAUCCUCACCUUCUCCGGCGUGUUGAAGACCGAGAUUGUGGCCAACCUCGUGCAUUUGAACCAUCAAGUCUUUGAUGCUAUUGUUGCUGUAAUACGAAAACGGCGUCCCGAUGUAUGCAUAGGCCGCGAAAGGAGGUGAAGUUCCGGGUGGGAUAGAAAACAUGACCAAAUCAAAUUGGAUGUUCAAGUUACCCAGAACAUAGGCCGCAGCUUCGUUGGCAUCAUUUUCCAUCCGCUUAUCUGAUUGACCGCGUGGAUCAGUGGUUAUUCGCAGUUCGAUGAUUCCGCUUGAUAUUUCCUGCUGAAAAUAACCAUCCGCAUACCCCCUGAAGGGCUCAAUGGUCACUUGACCGUGAGAGCAUCGUGCCAUUUGUGUCUUGAGGCUGAGACCACCUCCAUAUAUUUCAUUUUGCAAAUCAGAGAGGGAAGGUUCGGGUUGAACAUUGCCACCAACUAUACGAAUGAUGAGUGUCCGCAGAGGUCCCGUUGUUCUUAGUUUACGUCUAUCAUCAGCUUCUGUCGCCCMCUCAACGUCGAUCCAAACAUCCGAGCCUUCGACAUCUGAUACAGUUGCAUUCGGAUUUAAGGUAAUCGUGUUUGCUGCAUCAUCAAUUCUGAUCAUGUCCGGUGAAUCCCAUCUCAAAUAACUGCGGGCACUUUCGACACCAGCUUCCUUGAAAGUCUUAUCGAGUUGCUCGAGUUCCUCGAUAGUAUCGCCGGACAGCUCAAGGGCGUAAGGAUACGGAGUCCCACUGGAUUCGCUGGUGUAGUUUUCCAGAAUGCACACCCAUUUGUCUAUGCUAUCAAGGGCGUUGGAAGGAUCAAAAUGCAAAUCCUCCAUAAAUAAUUUGCAAGAUUUGAUUUCUUCGAGCUUCCGUACAACCUGGGCACGCCGCCGAUGCAUCGUAUCGGCAUGGUCGGCAUCAGAUAUUACAGAAACGCUAAAUAGUCCCGGUUCUACCUCAUGACUUUCGAUGCGGCGCUGAUUUGUGGCUUUCGCCCCUCGUCGCAGUGCCGGUCGCAUCUUCUCUUCAUCUAGAGCGAGUGUUGACGGUGGCGAAAGUGCUGCAGCGCUGAAUGUUAGCAGUGACG